GCGAUAAUGUUGUUCGUGGCCAGCGUCGACCCCUCGGCGACGCUGGGGAACGUAGGAUCGCCAGAACUGGAUCUGAGCGAUUACUACAGCUACGAGGGGGUGAUGGAUUACUUGGAUACCCUCGCGAAGGACUACCCCAAUCGGGUUUUUUUGAAGGAUGCAGGCCGGACCUACGAGAACCGCAUGUUGAAGACGAUAACCAUAUCGAACGGCGAUGGGGUGCCGGGAAAGAGAACAAUCUUUAUGGAUGCAGAAUUGCACGCCCGAGAAUGGAUGACCCCCAUGGCCGCGCUCUAUGCCAUCCACCAGCUCGUGGUCAAUUUCGCGGAGAACGCCGAUCUACUGAAGAACUUUAACUGGAUCGUACUGCCGCUGGCCAAUCCGGAUGGCUACGAGUUCUCUCGCAACUCAGACAGGUGGUGGCGCAACAACCGCUCCCCGAACGGCAGGCAGUGCUUCGGGACCAAUCUGAACCGCAACUUCGAUGUGGCCUGGGGGCAGGGAUAUUCCGAGCUGGCAGAUCCCUGCACCGAAUCAUACGCCGGCAGCGAGCCGUUCUCCGAGGCGGAGGCCCGCCUAGUGCGGGACAUAAUGCAUGAGUUGGUAGACAACGGGAGUGGCACAAUGUACCUGUCCCUGCACACAGCAAACCGAUCGAUGUUCUAUCCGUGGGUAUUCGAGUCCUCCCCCACAAGGAACCAUCACGAGCUCAAGGAGAUUGCUCGGUUCGCCACGGACAGGAUACUGAGGGAAACGGGUACACAAAUCAAGCCAAAGCAGGCCUAUUACUACGGCGGAAUGGUGGGCGGUACGAGCCUAGACUACGCCUUUAAGGUCGGCUUUCCAUUGUCCUUUGUGUUCGAGAUGUCGGGCCUGGCGUUUGGUGUGGAGUACAAGUUCUUUCCACCGCCCACGGCCAUCCGAAGGCUGACGACAGAGACCUGGGUGGGGAUACGCGCGCUGGCCGAGAAGGCCAUUGAGAAGUAUCCACCCGGGAGAGCCAUACCUGCGAUUCAAAGAAAACCUGUCAGCAAUAGGGCGCCAGGGAGUCAGGACUUAAACAUCCUUGUUGGUUUACUGAGCACACUUUUGGCAUACGUAGCCAGCCAUUUCACUAUUUAAUAAUUGAAUAUGUUUUCUAUAAUUAAAACGAAUGACUGGUGUUGUUUUUUUUAAAGAGAAUAUUACCACCGUGUGCUGUAAGCUGCCUCCACAGAUUUUUGUAUAAAUUUAGUUACGUUCGAGCUCUGAAACUGGUUUGAAAUGAUCCAUCGAAUGCAUAACGAUUGCAUUGCAUGUUGUUAAAACACUUAAUUUGCAAAUAAAGCCG